AUGACCAACUUGGUUACUGUAUUCUUCCUCCUUUCCCUUAUGUUUGUCUCAUUGGUUGUGGCCAAGGAUGAACUGAAGGUCCAAAAGAAGCCCAAUUUGAUGCUAUACACCCCGACUGGAGAGCUCAGAGUCCAACGAUUCAGAUCCAAAUACCCAAAGACGGGGCAGAAAUACAGAGGUAUCUUAUUUUAAUUAUUAUAUGAUGACGUCAUCCUAUUCCAGUUUUCAAAGACCGCAAAAUCCGUAAUCCCCGUUCAGUCAAGAGAUUCAUGGAGUUGAAGCCAAUGGAUGUGAUGGAUCGGUCCAGGAACAGAGUGGCCGAGAGCUUCUAA